AUGGCGGCAGCUCGAUCUGUUGCAAUUAUUGGUGGAGGAAUUGGUGGUUUGACAGCGGCCAAUACUUUAAUGCGUGCAGGAAUGUCUGUUUCAUUAUAUGAGCGUUCGCCUUAUUUUAUUGCAACGGUCGGAGCCGGAUUUGGUCUUCAACCAAAUGGACAAGCAGUGCUCGCACACAUUGGGUUCAAAGACAAAGUGCAACAAAUUCUUCAUCCCUUUCUUGUAUGGCAGAUUAUUAAUGGCAAUGGUGAUGUGAUUUCUUCAUCAAAUAGAAUUGCUGAUUACGGUAAGCGAUUUGGUUUCUUUCUCGGUGGAGCUUUGCGCGGAGAACUUGUUGAUAUAUUGAAAGAACCCAUAGAACAAGCCGGCAAUUUACAUUAUAAUCAUAAUGUUGUCAAUAUUCAACAAGAUGCCGAUGGUGUAACGAUUUAUUUCGAAAACAAAAAACAGAAAAAGUCAGUUCGAGUAGAUAUGGUCGUUGGAGCAGAUGGUAUUCAUUCAACAGUUGUCAACCAAAUUUUUCCUCAAACUCCUCCACCUAUUUAUACAAAAGAAAACGUAUUUUAUGGAAUAAUCGACAACAUUGAUCAACAAACCUCUAUUAAUCCCUCAGUUACAGCUGAAAACACAUUGACACACUAUAUUGACCGUGGAGAUUUUAUUACCUGUCGAACUAGUAAUAAAGGAGACAUGAUGUGGGUUGCCACUUAUCAUUCUGACGCAUCUCCAUCGACAAGUGGUGAUGUGGAAUGGAGAGAAGUAAAUAAUAGACGCGAAUUACAGAAUGUAUUAAAAAGGUUUCCUAAAUCACACCCCGUGCAUGAGUGUGCAGCUGCAACUGAUCAAAAGCGUUUGCUUCAUUUCGGGUUGUAUUAUCGUCAGCAUCGCAGUGAUGGGUGGCAUCGAGGUCGAAUCUGUUUACUAGGUGAUUCAUGCCAUGCAACAUUGCCCUAUGUAGGCCAAGGAGCCAAUAUGGCUAUUGAAGAUGCAGUGUCACUGGCAGCAUGUUUAGAAAAACAUAAUUUUCUCAUCGAACCAGCAUUUCAAGAAUAUUAUAAUCAACGUUUCGAUCGGACAAGGCGUGUUGUUAAUUCUGCACGAUAUUUGGGCUUACUUUUACAUUCACAGAAUCCUGUUGUGUCCUCAUUAGCGCAGCGGUUAGGUCCGUUAAUGAUACAGUCUAAAGUACUUAUGAAAAUGACCGAAAAUGAGUUUUAUAACAAAUGUCCCAUACCGGUGAAGCCAUUGAAAGGAGUCUAAAAAGUGUUGUCGAAUGCGCAUAUUUUUCGUUGACUGUGUCUUUUUUUAUUUCUUUCCAUGUAAAAAAAAUAAGGCUAAAAAUCAGCAGACUCGUGAUUUUAAUCGAUUUCAAGCAUAAUUAAUCGAUGCAAACUGAGAA